AUGACUUCAGACUGCACGGAAUUCAAACCAUCAUCGCUACGACUACUCAUCCUCGCUCCUCCAACAGAUCCAACAUCAAAACCACCAUUCCCCGCGCUGCUCCAAGUGUUGGGUGGUUCUCUCCCUUCCGAAGAUGUGACCUCGUUUGCUGGCUACACAUCACAUCCCCCACUCCAGCUCCAGACGAAAUAUUACCAAACAUCUGUGAGCAUCUGGUGCGAUGAGCUUCCCUUGUCAGGACCAAAACCUAGCCACGAAACCCUUCGUGAAAUAAGUUCUGGUGGACCGCUCGAGGAUAACGUGACUGGUGCAAUUGUUGGCGACGCCACAUUGGGGGAUGCGCCCGAGACUGGCACAGACACUUCGACGCUUGAAGAAUGGAAAGAGCAGAUGCUCUCACUCGCUGCAGCGGAGGUGAGGAGAGUCAUCGGCGGACUUGUUGUUAUUCUACCGGUUUCUACAACUUCGUCUCCUGGCAUUCCGGCUCAUUUCACGGCUCUCAUCGAGGCUGUCCAUGCUCUACGCGAGGCAAUUGAGGAUGACAGUUAUGGCCGAGACAUUGCUUCCGUGCUGGUCCUCCAGGGAAGUUCACCUCCAGUGAAGCAGGAUAAUUUGGAUGCCCUCAUGGAGAAACUGGAAGAAGUAUGUCUAUCCGAAAAAGGGAUACUAGGCUGGGACUUUGUGGCUUGGGAUGGUCAAGUGGUAGAGGACGCAGGGAGAAACGGGAAGGAGGAGAGGAACGAGUAUGGCGAGCAGACGGGAAUAAAGCGCGUUCUUGAAGUCAUCAAAGGCAUUGACUGGUCAGCAUCUCCGGAUAUCAUCGGUGAUGAGGAUGACGCCGGAGAGAUAGACCUUGGGUCUGGCGAUGACGACGACGCUACAUUCCCGAGCACGCGGUCUACCAAUAUACGCGGCUCUGAUCGCUUCUCCGGUCUCGACCGUGAGUUGCAGCGAGAAAUGAUGGAAUUGAAAUUCUCUAUGCUUAGUAACGACGAUAAUGACGAUGACGAUGACGAUGACGACUCCAACACUCGGCCACCACACCCAAAGACAGAGCCUGAGGACGAGAAUUUCCAGGUCAACCAGUUGCCAGCGCUGAUGGAACAGGUGGUGGCAAUCCGCGAGGCGGGCUCGGAGAUGUCACCCACUGAAAGGGAGAGGUUUGCGAAGAGAGAGAUCCAGCGGAUCAUGCGGGAGAUGAGAUGA